UAUCAAUGAUUGAUAAUUUUUAUCCAGUCGUCGACCGUAUUAAAACUUUGUUAUGCCCAAAUGGUUUGUUUGGAAUAGCAGAUUUCUACGUCUCCGGUCGCGUGAUUGGUAAUGAUAUACAAGUUCAACAAGGAUACUAUUGUAACUGGUUUACGCGAUGGUUUUGGCAAGCUUGGUUUGAAUUUGACCAUAUUAACCUACAUCCAUCUCGUCGUAACUACGUUGAGUACCAGUUCAAUACGCUAAAGAGUUUUAAUGGACGUAAUCAUUUCUUGAUUCCUUAUUUAGUCCAGAUCCCUUAUUAUGUUUGGUUAGGUGCUAACAAAUCCUCAAUUUCCACUUCUCAUACUAACUUAACUACUCUGGAAAAUUC